CCGGGCAAAAACCUAGUAUCACAAAUAAAUGCAGGAACAUGGUACCUAGCUAUAGGCUCGCAUGACUUGUGUUGACUAUCCUAUACCGAGUACGUAUUACAUUACUAGGUACAUGCAUAUAUUCUCUGAUACUCAGCUCAGCUCGUAAAUACUGAAGCAGCUCCCAUAAGUGAUGAGUCCCAUACUCCCAUCAGUAUCAUAUUGCUUACCAUGCAUCAUAUGGUACAAGUUUGGCCCGUCAUCAAUUAAAUCGUCAAUUACCAACCCUCGACUAUAAUAGCAAAUAAUAAAUAAAAGUGAAGGAAAUAAUUAAUGAGAUUGCGAUAAUGACAUAUUUCUCAGCUCCAUCUCCUUCACAUGACAAGCUUUCACUAUAAUAGCAAAAAAUAAAUAAAAAGUGAAGGAAAUAAUUAAUGAGAUCGCGAUAAUGACAUAUUUCUUAGCUCGUACUCCUUCACAUGGCUAGCUUUGACUGUAAUAGCAAAAAAUAAAUAAAAGUGAAGGAAAUAAUUAAUGAGAUUGAUCGCGAUAAUGACAUAUUUCGUGGUUACUUACAGCUCAGCUCGUAAAUUAAAUAAUCCGUACUAAAGCAACUCCCAUCCCAUAUUCCCAUGCAUGCUAGCUGUGUAUAUAUCUAUAAUUGCGUAUAGUAUGUAUUCGCCUCUGUAAGCUACGUCCAACUUCUAUAAAGCAGCCAACGGCCAGUGCAUUUCAUUCGAUCAGUUCAUCAUAUAUUAAAUUGAGUUUUCCAAGCUUUCUGCCUUUGCGUCUAACCUUUCUUCAGUUCAGUGUUGCUGUUUCCCUUCGCCAUCUUCAAUCUUUUUCUCGAAGGUAACAUCUUUUUAAUGUUUCCUAGCGACCUCGUUUUUUUUUAUUUUGGACUAAGUUCUUCUUUGUUUCAAUUUUAACUUUUCUUUUUCUUUUUGAGUUUUUCUUGCAUCCAAUCCUCAAGGCCGGAUAUCUUUUCCCUUUUCCUAAUUUGUGAUUAUUCUACAUUUUUAAUGGAUUUGUAAUUAUGCUUCUACUUCUUGCAUGCAAUCCUUGAGGCUGGAUAGCAUUACCAAUAUUUUACAAUGUUGUUACGUACUACGCAUAUUAUUUUAAUAAAUACCCCAUAUAUAUAAUAAUUGUUCAUUAAAGCUUCUCAAAAUAAGAGUGAAUAUUUGAAUAAGCCAUUUUUAGAGAAUAAAACAAAAAUAAUUGUAUUUAUGAACUUAAUUUUGUUUUAAUCGUAUAAUUAAAGAAUCUUAUCCAACUCGAUCAAAUGGUUUGAUUUUUACCCUUGCAGCUAAUUAAAUGGAGAAAUCAACCACAAUGAUUUACUGCUUCCUGCUCUUUGCUGCUUUGUUUUCUGGCCCAUCAAAGGCUGACAAAAACGUCACCAACAUUCUACUUAAGAGCGCUGUGGCCGAGGGGGCUGUCUGUUUGGACGGAAGCCCACCAGCAUACAACUGGGAUGCGGGAAAAGGUUCUGGUGUCCGCAGCUGGCUGGUUCACCUCGGGGGAGGAGGGUGGUGCAUAAAUAGCACCAUCUACGACAAUAGGCCGUCGGCAUAUGCCGGGAACUGCACUGCCCGUGCAGGAUCCAUCGACGGAUCCUCUUUCCGCAUGGGGUGAUUAUUUUGUGUUCAAGGGGAUUUUCAGCGAUAAAAGGAACGAGUCUUACUUCUACCAUUGGAACCGCGUAAUAGUAAGAUACUGUGACGACGGGUCAUUCUCCGGAGAUGUGGAUCAACCCGACCCGCUUUUCUAUAGGGGAGCAAGAAUCUAUAGAGCGGUGGUGAAGGAGUUGAUGGCUAAAGGCAUGAAAGAUGCCAAAAAUGUGAUUCUUGCCGAAGGUUCUGCCGGGGGAAUAGGCGCAAUGAUUCAUUCCGAUCAUUUCCGAAGUCUCUUUCACCCGAGCGUGAAUGUCAAGUGUUACAUUGAUAGCUCACUUUUCCUGAAAUUGAACAACCCCAAGGACGCCAAGUUCUUCAAAACAGUUUUUGGCAUGGUUGUUAAAUUGCAGCCUUUUAGACUUUCCGCCGGAGGUGAAUCAGCAACAAUUUUGGGAGUCUAUUACUGUUAAUGGGGGCAAGUACAACUCACAAACUUCGCCUAGCACAGUCAUACACCCACUCAAGUACCGCGUCAUCCAUGCCCUGUUGAGUUCCACAGUUUCUGGCCGCGCAGAGAAAGGCGGCAAGGUCUCCUCCACUGACUUUUUCUGUCUCUAUUGCAUGAUUUAUGGGAGGAGACCGAUCUUUGGCGCUCUCUUCGCGAGACUUUUUUCCAGGCACGCUAGUUAUCGGGUCAAGGAGAUUUUCGCUGGUCCGUACAUUACACGCAUGAUGAAGGCGAUGGGGUAUGGAGACCGUCUAGAGGGGAUGACAGUCAUAGAGCAUAUAUAUCCGAUGGAGACGCUGCCCAAGGAGAUUCCAGCUGGACGCCGAGCAGCUAGGCACGCAGAUGAUGAUAAUGGCGCUGAGGGCCACCAGCAAGCUGAGCAGGAUGACGCGCAUGAGAUGGAGCAUGGGAUGAUGCACGGGGCCCCCGUUCUGCCCCCUCCCAGGGACAUGUGUUUCCCAACUCUUGGGAAGGGAUGCAUCAGCAUAUGGAGGAUGUUUAUACCCGGCUCUAUCAGCAUCAGCAGCAGUUUUUCACGCAGAUGAGCGACGAUGUCACCGCAGGCUUCUCCAGUCUUGGUUUGAGGAUUACGUCAUUGGAGCAGAGAUGGGACAGACAGUUCCCCGAUGAUCAGCAGCCACCACCUCCCCCUCCCCCAUUUUAGAUGAUGAUACAUUGUACCCAUAUUGAUCACAUUUUGCACUGAGCAUGUAACAUCGUCCCCAAGUAUAUUUACUUUUGUGUAAAUUAUGUAUUGAACCUUAUGAAAUGGUUAAUGAAUUUACGAGGUUGUAAA